AUGGCGGAACUCGAAAACAUUGGAAUGAAACCGGCGAACUUUAUUAUGACAUCCUUCAAUCCUGGAACAUUCGCCUACACGGUUGCGCGGACUGUCAUCAUCGUACUCCUGCUAUCUGCCGUCUUACCACCCCUCACGCCACGAUCUGCGGUCAAAUCCCUUAGCAAGACCGUCGGAGAUACGAUGAUCUGCUAUGAAAAACACAAAGACAUGCUGGAUGGGUCGGCUGGUUUCUCCAUCGAGGUCAAGAGACUUCAGAACGAGGUUAAUACCCUCAAGCGAAGAUAUCUUCAAGUGUAUGACGAAGCCUCCUUAACAGACCUUCAUUCGUGGAAGGGCUGCAUGGUGAAGGCCAAGGACAUCUGGGUCAAAGCACGCCGGUACCAGCGAGAGGCCGUCAAGCUGAGGAAAAGGAUCAAGCUGGCAAAAUUCGACGCACGCAUACACAAGGUUGAAGCGACCUCGGAGCACCACAAUUGGGAGGGAAGAGGCGGCCAGGAACAUUUGAAGGUUAAAUAG